AACUUUGGUAAAUGUCGGCAUCAGUGGGUAACCAGAUGAGACACAGGGCCUACGACUGAUUUAAAGUAUCCAGAUAGAAAUUUGUUACCCUUUCUCAGUGGGAAAGUGCCCAAGCAACAUUGCUCAAAAAAGUUGCUCUGCAAAAUUGCUCAAAAAGUUGCCCCAUGUAUCAUCAGCCUAAAAGAGCACAACACAAACUGUAUGAAAGUCUUCUUACCCUAAGUACUCAUCAUGCCAGCGGAGUGAGGGUAUUAUUUACCCAAAGGACUUUCCAUACUUACCUCGCAAAGAAUUCAAGGUACACAUGGUCAGAUAGGUCAUACAGCAAUUUAUUCAAACAGAGUGACAGAGGUCUCAAAGCAAACCACCCAGAAAGUAAGAUAAUUCAAGCCAUCCUGCAAAUAGUCAUACUCAAACCAGGGUAAUUCAAGGUAAUCCUCGUUUAUAAAGAUGAUCUGGCUGUGCCAGAGUUGAAAAGUUUCCUACAGUAACACUUUCACGAAUUCACACUUACAUAUAAUAAACAGAGUAAAGGUUACGCAUAUUUGGCGUGCUGUCCGAGGGGAGAGCUCCAAGCUCGGAAUUUUGGCCCGAACCCAGAGAGAGUACCCCCCUCCUUAGAGGUUAGCAUAGGAAUAGUUGUAAGUGCGGAGAUGGGGUAUUCCUGUAUUGUGUAAUGGGACUAAUGCUGAAAGGCAGUGUGCACAGUGCAGUCUGCUUUCCCAUGUCUAGGAAGACAAACCCAACAUAAAACAAGGUAACAGAAUUAAUAGGAAGCAAAUGCUUGCCGAAAUGUAUCAUCAGUGGUUAUGCUCUGACUGCCUUACUUGAUACAGGUGCUUCAACAUCAUCUACCACGGCUGGAAGAAAACACACUCACCCGCACAUUACUUAUGACCUGGAGAUAUCCUGCCAUUUAUUGGGGUUUAAUGGCUAUCAGUUGUCUAUAUUCCCCUGCUCCCCAUCUUGGAUGGCCUGAGGUGGGAGGAGCCAUGUGUAUAAAUAUAAGAGGUACAGUAUAAACAACACACAGCACAGCCAGCAGCAAAACAAUCCAACCAGCAAGAUGGUUCCAGUGUUGAUGUUACUCAUGGUAGCUCUUGUAGCUGCAGAAUCUGAUAGUGCCUCUGUUUCUGUGGUUCACUGUGAUACCUCUUCUUAUUGUCCUGAUGGCACAACGUGUUGUCUGAAUGCUUAUGGGUCCUGGGGCUGCUGUCCAUACCCAAUGGGCCAGUGCUGCAGAGAUGGACUCCAUUGCUGCCCUCAUGGUCAUUUGUGUGAUUCAACAUCAUCCUAUUGUCAGGGUGGGUGGCUGAGACUGCCAUCUUCUCCCAGACUGGCCUUAAAAGCUAUCCAAAAAACUCAGUCAGUGUCCGUUGACCAGGCUCUCAAUUGGCAGAGCCAGACUGAGAAGGUUCAUUGUGAUGGAAAUGUCUACUGCCCAACUGAGCAGUUCUGCUGCAAGACAUCAGCUGGCCAGUGGGGGUGCUGCAGUGGUUUGGUGUUGUAAAUAAACAACCCCCAUAACCUGAAUGAACCUCUCAUCAAAAACUGCCAAAGUGCAAGAGGCUUUCAAAUGUCAGUUACUGGAAAUAUAUAAAUCCCACAUCCAAGCUGAAUUAAUGCAAAAUAAAAAUUGGAAAAAUUAUAGUUUAAUUACAAUAAAUUGCAUAGUCAUUCAAUACAUGGUUUGUUUUUGAGAAAGUCUUACUAUUUUUAAUCAUCCAUCCAUCGUAUUGUUCAUGAAUGAAUAAGUUUAUAAAUGAAUCUUUUGAAAUGAACAACUUGUUUUCUUUCACUUCAUUGUGACUAACUCAAAUUUUAAUUAAACUAACUAAUCAUU